AGCUUGUGUAAACAACAAAAAUCUGUCGUUUGAGCGUCAGACGCACGGAGAGGAUCGUGCCCCACCAUGUCGUCUUCCAUGGACGCAGCACAGGCGCAAUGGCUGGAGCAGCUCGCCACUAUGCGCAAGGCCAUUGCAGAGUUGAACCUGCCUGCCAAUGCCGAGAAGGCACCAGCAUAUGGCGACGACAUCGAGUUCGACGACGAUGACUUCUCAGGCACGGCCAGCGGAGAAGACAUCUGGGACGUCAUCAGCGACGAGUACGAGGAUGAGUACAGCAGUGACCACCUCGAACCGGUCCAGGAGAGUGCCAGUGGAAGCAGCGCUUACGACCAGCAAUGGCUGAGCAAGAAGUGCGAGGGUGUUUCCCAAAGAGGUUCUGGUCUAGAUGCAGGCGCGCUGAAGGACCAGAUCUUGGCCAUCUUGAGCAGUGACAGCAACAAUGAAGAGCUGCAGAUGAUGUUAGCAGACAUUGUCGGCUACGAAGAGCUUGAUUUGGUUGCCGACCUGAUUGCUCACCGAAGGGACAUCACUCGAUCGCUGCUUGAGCCAAAGCCUGGAGAAGACAACGGUAUCUCAAGCCGUCUCAUGACACGAGCAGAGCGCGAAGAAGCGUUGCGCAGACAAGACUGGGAGCAUAAGAAUGCUUCCCUCUCGGCUGCAGUCGAUCGUACCGGACCUCAGUAUCCCCACGUCUAUCAAACCUACUCAGCGGGCAAUAAGCUCUCUGCUUACGGCAAGAAGUACGCGCUUCCCACAAACCACAAACAUUACGAUGACAAUCUCUACGAAGAGUACGAAAUCCCCGCAAUGCCAGUCGGAACUAUUGGAGUGGGUCGCAAGCUUGUUGAGAUCAAUGAACUCGAUGGCUUGUGCCAGCGGACAUUCAAGGGUUACAAAGCCCUCAAUCGCAUGCAGAGCCUUGUAUACCCCGUGGCGUACAAGACAAGCGAGAACAUGCUCAUUUGCGCGCCUACUGGUGCCGGUAAAACAGAUGCUGCGAUGCUCACUAUCCUCAACAUCAUCGGAAAGAACAUGAUCCCCAACCCAAUUGAGGAACCCGAAGCCACCGACUUCACGGUCAUGAUGGAAGAUUUCAAGAUUAUCUACGUGGCACCCAUGAAGGCGCUCGCCGCUGAAGUCACGGAGAAGCUGGGGAAGCGCCUGGCCUGGCUUGGCAUCAAGGCACGCGAAUUGACGGGAGAUAUGCACCUUACCAAAGCUGAGAUCCUAGACACCCAGAUCAUCGUCACAACACCCGAGAAGUGGGAUGUUGUGACGAGAAAGAGCACGGGAGACACUGAACUGGUCCAGAAGGUGCGCCUGCUCAUUAUCGACGAAGUCCACAUGCUGCACGACGAGCGCGGUGCCGUGUUGGAGAGUUUGGUGGCGCGAACACAGAGACAAGUCGAGAGCACACAGUCUCUUAUUCGUAUUGUUGGUCUUUCCGCUACAUUGCCCAAUUACGUCGAUGUCGCCGACUUCCUCCGUGUAAAUAAGAUGGCCGGUCUGUUCUACUUCGACGCAUCCUUCCGUCCAGUUCCUCUUGAGCAGCACUUCAUCGGCGCAAAAGGCAAGCCCGGAACGAUGAAAUCGCGAGAAAAUCUAGAACAGGUGGCUUUUGACAAGGUCAAGCAGAUGCUGGAGCGGGGGCAUCAGAUCAUGGUCUUCGUGCAUUCUCGCAAAGACACCGUCAAGACAGCAAGAAGACUAUUUGACCAAGCCACGGAAGACCAAUGCGCAGAUCUUUUUGAUCCAACAGAGCACCCCAAGUAUGAUGCCGCUGUUCGCGAUAUGAAGCAGUCCAAGGGACGAGAGCUUCGUGAGUUGCUAGGCAAGGGCAUGGGCACUCAUCACGCUGGUAUGCCUCGCUCUGACCGAAACAUGAUUGAGCGCCUUUUUUCCGAGGGUGUCAUCAAAGUCCUUUGCUGUACAGCGACCCUCGCCUGGGGUGUCAAUUUGCCAGCCGCCGCUGUUCUGAUCAAGGGCACACAGGUGUAUAACUCUCAGGAGGGCAAGUUCACGGAUCUGGGUAUCCUUGACGUUCUCCAAAUUUUUGGUCGCGCUGGUCGUCCUCAAUUCCAGGACACGGGUAUCGGGUUCAUCUGCACUACCCAUGACCGCCUUGACCACUACAUGCGAGCUAUCACAGAACAGCAGCCGAUCGAGUCUAGGUUCUCAUCCAAACUUGUCGACAACCUCAAUGCUGAGAUCUCGCUCGGCACUGUCACCACAGUGUCAGAAGCUGUUCAAUGGCUCGGAUACUCCUAUCUUUUUGUGCGCAUGCAGAAGAGUCCUCUGCUCUAUGGCAUCGAAUGGGCUGAGAUCAGAGAUGAUCCGCAGCUCGUGGGCAGGAGGCGUAAGCUCAUCAUCGAUGCUGCUCGCAUCUUGCAGAAGAGCCAGAUGAUCAUCUUCAACGAGACCACAGAAGACCUCCGCUCCAAGGAUGUGGGCCGCAUUGCCAGUCAAUUCUACGUGCAGCAGUCGAGUAUCGAGAUCUUCAACACCAUGAUGCGCCCUCGAAGCACAGAUGCCGACGCUCUUGCCAUGGUCAGUAUGAGUGGCGAAUUUGAUCAAGUGCAGUCCCGCGAGACCGAAGAGAAAGAAUUGUCGGCGUUGAAAGAAGAAGGCUAUGUCAUCACCGAAGUCAAGGGUGGCUAUGCGACAGCGCACGGCAAGACGAACUACCUUCUGCAAGCUCAUAUCUCGCGCGCACGACUCGAGGACUUCACGCUUGUCUCCGAUACAAACUAUAUCACACAGAACGCUGCGCGCAUCGCCAGAGCAUUGUUCAUGAUAGCACUUAACAGGCGCUGGGGUUACCAAUGUUUGGUCUUGCUCAGUUUGUGCCAAUCGAUUGAGCACCGAGUGUGGUCCAUUGAGCACCCGCUUCAUCAGUUUGAUUUGCCUCAGCCAGUGCUGCGUGCGCUGGACUAUAGGUACCCUUCCAUUGAAGCUUUGCGUGACAUGGAGCCACGAGAGAUUGGCGAUCUUGUUCACAAUACUAAGAUGGGCGGCGUCAUCUCGAAGCUGCUGGACAACUUCCCUACAUUGGGCAUCGAGUCCGAGAUCGCGCCACUGAACCGCGACGUUCUACGUAUUCGUUUAUGGCUCACACCAGAAUUCAGAUGGAACGACCGACACCACGGCACGUCAGAGUCGUUCUGGGUCUGGGUGGAGAACUCCGAAACUUCCGAGAUCUACCACUACGAGUACUUCAUCCUGUCUCGUAAGAAGCUCUACGACGACCACGAGCUGAACUUCACAAUCCCGCUUACAGAUCCGCUUCCGACGCAGAUCUACGUCCGCGCUGUCUCCGAUCGAUGGCUUGGUUCAGAGACCGUACAUCCCAUCUCUUUCCAGCACCUCAUCCGACCGGACACUGAGAGCGUCUACACUGAUCUGCUCGAUUUGCAACCACUGCCCGUCGGAGCUCUCAAAAACCCGCUUCUGGAAGAGCUGUACGCGCAACGCUUCCAGUAUUUUAAUCCGAUGCAAACGCAAAUUUUUCACUGUCUGUAUCACACUCCAGCAAACGUGCUUCUCGGAUCACCCACAGGUAGUGGUAAGACCGUCGCAGCCGAGCUUGCCAUGUGGUGGGCCUUCAGGGAGAAGCCAGGCUCCAAGGUCGUCUACAUCGCACCUAUGAAGGCACUUGUACGAGAGCGUGUGCAGGACUGGGGCAAGCGUCUGGCAGGUCCAAUGGGACUCAAACUUGUCGAGUUGACUGGUGACAACACACCGGACACGCGCACUAUCCGCGAUGCAGACAUCAUCAUUACGACGCCAGAAAAGUGGGAUGGUAUCAGUCGUAGCUGGCAAACCCGUGGCUAUGUUCGACAAGUCAGUCUGGUGAUCAUCGAUGAGAUCCACUUGCUCGGUGGCGAUCGAGGUCCCAUUCUGGAGAUCAUCGUGUCACGCAUGAACUACAUCGCUUCACAGAAGAAGGAUGGCUCUAUCCGCCUUCUGGGCAUGUCGACUGCCUGUGCGAACGCUUCAGAUCUCGGCAACUGGCUUGGCGUGAAGGAAGGGCUUUUCAACUUCCGUCACUCGGUUCGUCCUGUUCCACUCGAAAUCUUCAUUGAUGGCUUCCCCGAACAGCGAGGUUUCUGUCCGCUCAUGCAGUCAAUGAACAGGCCUACGUUCCUCGCCAUCAAGCAGCAUUCGCCUGAGAAGCCAGUUAUCGUGUUUGUGGCCUCGCGCCGUCAGACACGCUUGACCGCUCGCGACCUGAUCAACUUCUGUGGAAUGGAGGACAACCCUCGACGUUUUCUCCGCAUGUCUGAAGACGACCUGGCUCUAAACCUCGAGCGCGUCAAAGACGACGCAUUGAAGGAAGCACUCAGCUUCGGUAUUGGCCUGCAUCACGCCGGUCUUGUCGAGACCGAUCGUUCGCUGUCUGAGGAGCUGUUUGCAAACAACAAGAUCCAGAUCCUCGUCGCCACCAGUACCCUGGCUUGGGGUGUCAACUUGCCGGCCCAUCUUGUUGUUGUGAAAGGCACGCAGUUUUUCGACGCCAAGUCUGAAGGCUAUAAAGAUAUGGAUCUCACAGAUGUGUUACAAAUGCUGGGUCGUGCCGGUCGGCCUCAGUUCGACUCGUCAGGUAUUGCGCGCAUCUUUACGCAAGACGCAAAGAAGGAGUUCUACAAGCACUUCUUACACACCGGUUUCCCUGUCGAGUCCUCCCUCCACAAGGUGCUGGAUAACCAUUUGGGCGCCGAAAUCUCAGCUGGCACCAUCGGCACGAAGCAGGAUGCUCUUGACUACCUGACAUGGACCUUCUUCUUCCGCCGCCUACACAAGAACCCUUCCUUCUACGGUCUUGAGAUCUCCGCCGAAGAGCACAAUACCAUUGCAGCUCAGACAAUGGCCAACGACUACAUGGUUGACCUCGUUGAGACCUCGCUAAAAGAACUCCACGACUCAUCCUGUGCGCAGGUCGACCCCACCGGCGAAGUUGACUCGACGCCCCUUGGCAAGAUAAUGUCCUACUACUACCUCUCGCACAAGACAAUCCGCUACCUCGUCAAGCACGCAAAGCGUAACGCCACCUUCCUUGAUGCGCUUACCUGGAUCUCGCACGCAACCGAGUACGAUGAGCUCCCCGUGCGACACAACGAGGACCUCAUCAACGCCGAGCUCUCCAAAGCCCUGCCGCUGAGCGCAGACCACUUCGGCCUGCCCAUGUGGGAUCCGCACGUAAAGUCUUUCCUACUGCUACAAGCGCAUUUCAGCCGCAUCGACCUGCCGAUCAGCGAUUACGUGGGCGACCUGAACAGCGUGCUGGACCAGUCGAUUCGAAUCGUGCAAGCAAGCAUCGACGUUCUGACCGAGCUGGGCUACGCAUCGAGCUGCACGCAGAUGAUUACACUCCUCGCAUGCAUCAAAUCCGCACGCUGGCCCGACGACGGCCCGCUCAGCAUUCUGCCCAACGUCUCCCCCGCAGACGAGAAGAAGCGCCUCGAGCACCCCCGCGCGUCGCCGAAGACGCUCACCCAAGCACCAACACUCUCGCCCGCCAAUCUUGAAACGGCACUCCGCCACGCCGGCGUCGCGCCCGCGGCGCUCAAACGCGCCGCCGAACCCAUUGCCCGCCUACCCGUCCUGUCCCUCGCCCUCGGCGCAUACAAUGCGCUUUCCUGCAGCGUGAACCUGACGCGUCAGAACGCUGCGCGCGUGCAGAACGGUGGCGUCCGCAUCUACGCGCCCCGCUACCCGAAGCCGCAGACAGAAGGCUUCUUCCUGGUUCUGUCGUACAGUAGCUCCGACGAUAUCAUUGCGCUGAAGCGCGUCAAUUGGGUCGAUCCUACGCGCUCUGGUCCUGGUAGGCGCGGUCGUGGCGGUAGGGAACAGAACCCGAUCGCUGCCGGCAGUGGUGCUGGUGGUGGUGCUCGGGGAUCGAAACUGCACGCCUCGGCCAAGGUGUUGCUGACACCUGAGGCGCAGGGGAAGAAGGUCGAUAUUAGCGUGUAUAGUGAUUCAUAUAUUGGAAUGAAGUGGAGUAUUGAGGGAGUUGAGAUCCCCAUGGCGCCUGUUGUGGACGAUGGCGGAAAAAAGAAGGAGGGCGGUGGCGUGUGGGAUAACGAUAAUAUGUAGGAGCACAGUAGAUACAAUUGAGAUGUUCGUUGAUUCGUAGGUUGGAGCAGAAUCUAAGCAUACCCUGUUCUACCAUACCGUUCACUCAUCGUACCAUGCCUUGUCCAUGUCUGCCCGUUAUCUCUCAUACUGCCGUGUAUCCAAUAUCAACCUGAUCUGAUAAGACUCACAAGAACCAAUCCGUGACCCCGUCCCACACCUUGCCGCCCCACGCAUCAUCAUGCUCUUCGCUCUGUGCCUUUCUCGUCGGCUUGACCCUCAUAGCCUCUCUCAAAGUCGGCCAUUCCACAGCGCUCGUGUACACAACCUCGGGCUCGACCUUCGCAUUCCACAGCUCUUCCUUCACAGACUGCACGGAAGGCUCAUCCUAAGAGCGGAACGAUCCAUAGU